UUCACCGAAGAAGCGAACGACGCAUCGCAUGAAGCGAAGCUGUUUUUCAGGUGGUACGAUUACAUGUUGAAGUUAAACAAGUCGGCGUUACUCUGUGUUGUUUUCGCUUUCUUUACAUAACGGGAAAGGACGUGUAGUAGAUGUGGUGAGUGUAAAUUUAUCGCCCUGGUCGGCGCCGUGCGCGUGGUAAGUGUUUGGGGGGCUACACUGCAUGUUAGCCUAGCAUCUUUAUAGCCAGGCUAACACCUUCGCCAUAGCUUGGAAGUUAGCAUCAAAACAGCCGAUUUUAACCAUGAAUUUGGUCAGAAAUAAAACUUUGCACCCGAACAUGCGUGACGACGAGGUUCUCGUGGUGGAAAACGCCAUCCGGCUAGCGAUAGACUCGAUAAUAAACGUGCUGUACGGUGUCAACAGUGCCAGGACUCAUGAGUACCAGCGGAUGGUGGCCGACAGGGACAAAGAGAUCCAGAGGCUGGAGCGCAGGCUGGGGGAAGUAGAGCUCGAGCUGCAGGAGCUGCGUCAACAUGGGUGCACGAGCAGGCUCCUGGAGAAGGAGCAGAGCCUCGUUACGGAAUCACUGAGCUCCGGGGAGCCUCAGGAGGGAGGACUGAGCGUGUUUGAACAGCGCUGCAUGGACACGGAAAUGGCAACGGGGCAGCAGGAGUGUGAAAUGAGUUUAUCAUUGGGCCUUUUUGCUCGUCCCUCCUCUCAUGUCUCCUCUCAAAGCCAAGAAUCAGCUCUUCCAUCCUCCCCCAGCAGACACGGUCUGGACCAGACCUGCACCCCCCACUCAUCGAACUCCUCAGGUGUCUCAGAGGCAGCCAGGAAUCUGCCCACAUCUCCCAGCAGUGUUGUCGUCAAAGAAGAGCCUUGUGACAUGGACGCAGUUUUAAUCAAGUUGGAAAUGAGUGAGGAGAGAAUCACUGAGAUCCCAGAGAGCACAAGCAGUCUGUGUCAGGAACAAGAGAGCCCCAGUGUGACAAGGAAACUGGAGAGCAGAGAGCAGAAUAACUCAAAGGAGAAACCUCACGCAGACUUGGAUGGACACAAAGUCACUCAGGGAGGGCAGCUGAGGAACAAGAAGAGGAACGUGCCGAUGUCCGAGCUGCCAGAGGAGGUUCAGAAACUGAAGCGAGCGGCCUGGAGAGCAGCAUCCAGGCGGUACUAUGCCAGAAAAGUAGCCCGCCAACAAGCAAACCCUUUACACUCUGCCCCUUACCUCCAAAUGACAGACUCCCAUUUCACACAGCCCAUCUCUUUCGUGCAGAGGAGAAGGAAGGUGCUGACAUCAGAGUUACCCGCAGGGUCUCAGACGCAUCAGAGGGAGGCAUGGAGAGGUGUAUCCAAGAGGCACUAUUCUCGAAAAACAGCUCGCCAUCAGACUGAUCAGUCACAGUUCAUACUGUUGAACACCGAUCCAAGUGGAGAAACACAGGGACCAAACAGUGGAGGAAUCAUGUGUAGCUGAUAGACGGAAAUGCUGUAGACGAGGUUUUACUUUCUGCAAGGGUUGUUUUACUGUCUUUUGGUUAGGGAUGCACUGAUUCUGACACCGAGGCUUAGUACUAACACUCAGAAAACACUGGAGAUCAUCACUGUAUCAUUUUAAAGGCUAAGCUGGAGCCAUGUGGCCAGUUUGGUGAUAUUUGAACAUGAAUGAGGACAGCAAAUGUAGAGCAGACUGAAAAAUAUGCAUUUUUAAAUUUAAAGAGGAGCUACAUCUAAGCAAGACGACAAACCUGCUAAGAGCUGUAGUGAUUUUCAUUAGUAGGUGUGUGUUGGAAGAAACUAGCCCUGCUAGUUUUUUUCUCUGCGAUAUAUGUUGCAAAUUUAAAAAAAAAUAUAAAAUGAAAUUAACCGGAUAAAUGUAGUGCCUUUUUAUGUACACUAGAGUGUAAAUCAACUGUAUUUUUUGUUUUUCUUAUUUGGGCAUUAAAGUCAUUUUUCAGAUUUCAUGUCCUGCAGAAUUCCUGCAGAUCCUUGAAAAGUCUUCAAAAGUCUUAAAUCGGGCCUUUGAAAUGUAACCCUUAAAAGCCAGAUACUUCAAAUAAUAGCCAAAAAAAUGUCAUUUUCUGGAAUAGAGAUGUUUUUAACCUUCAAGUGAAAUCCAAAGAAAAAUUGUCAUAAAAAUUCAUGUUUUUGUUGCAUUUGCUGCAUUAUGUGUAUCUUUAAAGGGAUAAUCCCCUGGAGAGCAUUUCUAAUCAUUUAUCAGAUUGUAUAUAAAAUGUAUUUAUAGGCGUUUAUGGUUCCAAAACGUCUUUCCCCAGUAUCAUUUGACAUUUUCUAAACUGUGCAUUAAAUCAGAAAAUUCA